UGUUGAUUUCGCAUGAGUUUUAAUGAAAGCACAUCUUGUCCUGCACGUAAGGUGGUGGGACUUUUCACUGUCUUCUACCAGUAGGGUGAGAUGCACUCUUUUGUUCAGCUUCGGAAUGGCCGCUGUGUGGAGAAUGUGUUUUCUUUUUUCUCGUCAUAACCAGUAAGGAAAGAAGAGCGCCACACAGCCCUACUUUGCUAAUGGAAUACGCCUUUGCCUUACGACGAUGAAAAACACACGCAAAAGAUGACUCUGGCGACCUCUCUGUGGUGAACUCUCUUGACCUGGGUGGAGGGAUCGUACAGCCAUUCAGACAAGCAUGUGGCUGGAGCAGCCCACUGCCCUUCCGCUCCAUCUGAGGCUCCUCGCUCCGGUGGCACUCUAGACCCCCUCUCCCCCCACCCCACCCCACGCUCUCUCCAUGUCUACACCAGUAUGUAUGAAGGCUUGCGCGUAUGAGAUCCUCUCCCUUUGGUCCAGCACCGUUCUAACUGUCCUGUAACAGACCCCCCCCAGACGUGAGCGCGAGAGACGGACUCUAGGGCUCCCAUGAGCAGGAGGGCCGCGGGGGUGCCGUCACCAUGAGUAGUACUUUAGGCAAAGACAAGGACUCCAAGGAGAAGGAGCCCAAAGGUCCCUCCUCUGGGAAAGAAAGGGAAAAAGAGCCCAAGGGCGGCUUCAGCAAAGAUGGCAAGGAGAGCAAGACCAAAGGGAAAGAUGCCAAAGACGGGAAGAAGGACGCGGGCGGGGCGCCGCCAGCCGUGGCCUUCAGCGUGGACAACGUCAUCAAGCGGCCCAACCCGGCGCCCGGCACGCGGAAGAAGUCCAGCAACGCCGAGGUGAUCAAAGAGCUGAACAAGUGCCGCGAGGAGAACUCCAUGCGCCUGGACCUGUCCAAACGCUCCAUCCACCUGCUGCCCAGCUCCAUCAAGGAGCUCACGCAGCUGACUGAACUCUACCUGUACAGCAACAAGCUGCAGAGCCUGCCGUCCGAGCUGGGCUGCCUCUCGGGCCUGGUGACGCUGGCCCUGAGCGAGAACUCGCUGACCAGCCUCCCCGACUCGCUGGACGGCCUGAAGAAGCUGCGCAUGCUGGACCUGCGGCACAACAAGCUGCGCGAGAUCCCGCCGGUGGUGUACCGCGUGGCCUCGCUCACCACGCUCUACCUGCGCUUCAACCGCAUCACCACGGUGGAGAGGGACAUCCGCAACCUGUCCAAGCUCACCAUGCUGAGCAUCCGCGAGAACAAAAUCAAGCAGCUGCCCGCCGAGAUCGGGGAACUGUGUAACCUCAUCACGCUGGACGUGGCGCAUAACCAGCUGGAGCACCUACCUAAAGAGAUCGGUAACUGCACCCAGAUCACUAACCUUGACUUACAGCACAACGAGCUCCUGGACCUCCCGGAGACAAUAGGCAAUCUGUCAAGCAUAAAUCGCUUAGGUUUGCGGUACAAUAGGCUGUCAGCAAUCCCUAGGUCAUUAGCCAAGUGCAGAGAACUGGAGGAGCUGAACCUUGAAAACAACAACAUCUCGGUGUUACCAGAGGGGCUUCUCUCCAGCCUGGUCAACCUGACGAGCCUGACCCUGGCAAGGAACUGCUUCCAGUCGUACCCAGUGGGUGGACCCUCGCAGUUCUCCACCAUCUACUCGCUCAACAUGGAGCACAACCGCAUCAACAAGAUCCCCUUCGGCAUCUUCUCAAGGGCCAAAGUGCUUAGCAAGCUGAACAUGAAGGACAACCAGUUAACUUCUCUCCCCCUUGACUUUGGUACCUGGACAAGUAUGGUUGAGCUAAACCUGGCCACCAACCAGCUGACCAAGAUCCCAGAGGAUAUUUGUGGCCUUGUGUCUUUGGAGGUCCUCACAUUGUCCAACAAUCUCCUGAAGAAGCUGCCCCACGGCAUCAGAAACUUGCACAAGCUUCGAGAGCUGGAUUUGGAGGAGAACAAGUUGGAGUGUUUGCCCAAUGAGAUCGCCUACCUUAAAGAUUUACAGAAACUGGUGUUGACUAAUAAUCAGCUGACCACGCUACCCAGAGGGAUUGGCCACCUCACCAACCUGACCCACCUGGGCCUGGGAGAGAACCUCCUGCAGCACCUGCCAGAGGAGAUUGGUACUCUGGAGAAUCUUGAGGAGCUGUACCUGAAUGACAACCCCAACCUGCACAGUCUGCCCUUCGAGCUGGCACUGUGCAGCAAGCUGUCCAUCAUGAGCAUCGAGAACUGUCCUCUCAGCCACCUGCCCCCGCAGAUCGUCGCCGGAGGCCCCUCUUUUAUCAUCCAGUUCUUGAAGAUGCAGGGCCCCUACCGCGCCAUGGUCUAAAGACGCCCACACCUAUGUCUGUGACACUGUAUACCAACAGCAAACACAUAACUGAAGUAUCGAAUGAGACCGCAGAAAAUCGAAUGUCAAGGGUCCUACCCAGUUCAGUGCCCUUAAGCAUUGCUACCGGAGUCUAUGGAAAAAGGCUCAUUUGACCCAGGCUGUCACCAUAUAGCGCAGCCUGCACCUGAGGAGUCCGAGCCAUUUAGGUUCCCAGGCCCAACUCCCCAACCCACACCCACCAACCUUGUUCAUUGACAAUUCCCUUUGCCAAAACUUAUGAUGUACAGUAGUAUGUUUUAGUUGAGCGGCUGUCAUUUAUGAUAUGAAACAUAUUGCCAAUAUAUUUAACAGUAAUUACAGUGGUAUAAUAGAUGAACAACUGUAUGCAAAAACAAAAAUACUUUCAAUUGUUUUAUUUUAUUUUUUGCUGCUGCUGCCAUAAUCCAUGUUCAAGUUUUUCUUACCAUUUUAUUUUUCAGUCCCAUUUUUUUUUUUUUUGUAAAACCACUCCUUGACUAAAAAGCUUUGUUUUAGAGUGCGGAUGGGCCGUUGGACUAUACAGAACAAAUAUCAAUGUUGGUGUUUUUACAUUUAAAAAAAAAAAAUCGUGCCUAUCCAGUUUAGUUAACUGGUUAAUUUCUUAAACAUAAUUGUCAAUGGUUACAAUGUUAUGAUUAUACAUAAGUAUAAUUUAUUCAGUGUUUCCUUAUUGUGUUUUUAUUGAUUAUUGUUUCAUAUUAAUUCAUUUUGUUUGUUUGUUUUUCUCUGUUUUCCAAUAUUCAUUCCCUUUUUGCAGGCUGGCUCAGCAGAAACUGCUGUUUAUAGCAGAGCCGAGUGAGUGUGCGUCACACAUUGUACAAAUUAUACAGAUUAUACCGCUGUUGUUCUUGUGGGCAACUCCAUAACUGCUCCAUUUCUGACUUCUGAGUGGAUUUGACUGCAGACCUUUAGACACGGACCUUGGCCUCUCUCCAGUGGGUGACGCCUGAGUCGUGGGGGGGGGGGGGGG